AUGUGCCUCUCCUUGAUGCCAAGCUGGCACCGUCCGACCGGAUCCACGGAGGCUCCAGGACCUGCGUGGGCCAUCGUGCCUGGGACGUCCCGCGUGGGUCCUCACUCCAACAUCUCCCAGGAAAAAUUCGGGAGCCUGGAAAAGGCUGAAGCUGCAGGAGCUGCGCUCCGGGCAGUGUGGCAGCUGCGGCUGUGGAAACGGGCCGGGCUGUGUCGGUGCCAGCGCGGAGCCCGGGCGUCCUGCUGCCCCGUGGGCCUUGCUGUGGACACGGGCCCCAUGUCCGACUUCCACAUCCACCCUCAAAAUGCAGUCGUGGAGGAAGGGGGAGUCGCGAGGUUCCAGUGCCAGAUCCACGGCUUGCCCGAGCCUGUCAUCCUCUGGCAAAAAAAUCGCGUGCCGGUCAACACAGACAACGAAAGGUACACGCUGCUUCCCAAGGGAGUCCUCCAGAUCACCGGCCUGAGGGCGGAAGACAGCGGGAUUUUCCACUGCGUCGCUACCAAUAUUGCGAGUGUGAAAUUCAGCCGGGAGGCCAGACUCACCGUGUCAGGUUCCCACUCCACCGCUUACAAGGACCCCAUGAUUCUCGUGGGCCCGGAGAACCUGACGCUGACGGUGCACCAGACCGCGGUGCUGGAGUGCAUCGCGACCGGCAACCCCCGGCCCAUCGUCUCCUGGAGCCGCCUCGACGGCCGCCCCAUUGGCGUGGAGGGGAUCCAGGUGCUGGGGACAGGAAAUCUCAUGAUCUCGGAUGUCACCGUGCAGCAUUCCGGCAUCUACGUGUGCGCCGCCAACAAGCCCGGCACGCGGGUGCGAAGGACAGCCCAGGGCAGGCUCGUGGUGCAAGCCCCCGCGGAGUUCGUGCAGCAGCCGCAGUCCAUCGCGCGGCCCGUGGGCACCACUGCCAUCUUCACGUGCGUGGCCCAAGGGGAGCCCCCGCCGCAGGUCACUUGGCUCAAGAACGGGCAGAUCCUCGAGACGAGCGACCACAUCAAGCUGAAGAAUAACAACAGGUAAAGCCUCACGCGGCUUCCUGAGCUGCUGCCUCAAGGCUGGACCGUGUCCGCCACCACCAUCCAGGUGUCCUGGCGGGAGCCCCUGCAGAACACCAAGGAGAUCAUCGGCUACGUGCUGCACAUCCGCAGGGCUGCAGAUCCUGUGGAGAUGGAGUACCAGGAGGCUGUUAGCAAGAGCACGUUCCAGCAGCUGGUGACUGAUUUGGAGCCUUCGACGAGCUACAGCUUCUACAUCAAGGCUUACACGUCCCGGGGAGCCAGCAAGGCCUCGGAAGUCACAGUGGUGAGCACGCUAGGAGAAGUCCCCGCGAUGCCGUCCCUCUUCAUCAAGGUCCUCAACAGCACCGCGGUCCAGGCCACCUGGGAGCCCUCCAUCAAGCUGGGCCAGCACGAAGGCUUCAAGCUCUUCUACCGCAAAGUCCACGUGUCGCCCUACACCGGCCCCGUGCUGCUGCCCAGCAACGUCACCGCGUACAACAUCACCCACCUGGACGCGUCCGUGGUGUACGAGGUGAAGCUCCUCGCCUACAACCAGCACGGGGACGGCAACUCGACCGUGCGCUUCGUGUCCCUGAGGGAAUCCGUGGAAAGGACGGUGCUGAACCCGCCCUGCGACUGCAUGAAGGACGAGCAGAGCAAUAAGACCUCCACGACGGGCAUCAUCAUUGGGAUCCACAUUGGCGUCACGUGCAUCAUAUUCUGCGUCCUCUUCCUCAUGUUUGGCUACAGAGGAAGGCUGCUGAUGUGGCUUCCCGCACCCCCCGACGAGACCCAGCUCUCCUCGCUGCCGCUCGACGACUUUGGAGUCAUCGAGGAGGAGCCGCCGGAGCGGCCGCCCGCUGCCGGCCCCGGCCCGGCCGAGGAGGGAUAA